AUGCGUCUAAUCAACACCACCACUUAUGAGUUCUCCGAAUUCUACGGUGAGAAUAUUCCUAAAUAUGCAAUUCUAUCCCACACAUGGGAGAACGACGAGGUCACCUUUCAAGAGUGGACAUUCCCACGAAGAAACGCAGAGAAGAAAGCUGGAUAUGCGAAAAUCGAAGCGACGUGUAAAUUGGCGUCGGAAAUUGGAUUGAUGUAUGCGUGGGUGGAUACGUGUUUUGUUGAUAAGAGUAGUAGUUCGGAAUUGAGUGAGGCUAUAAAUUCUAUGUUUGCAUGGUACGCAGGGGCGGUUGUGUGUUUUGCUUUUCUAGCUGAUGUUGUUAAAGGGAAGGUGGAGGAGUUAGGGUCUCAGCUUGGAAAAGAGUUCAGAGAGGGCUUGAGUAGAAGUAGAUGGUUUACGAGGGGUUGGACCUUACAGGAACUGUUAGCUCCUAGUAAAAUUGUGUUUUACUCAAGAAAUUGGAGUCCUAUCACAGCUACCAGUGUCGCGCUGAGGAUGUUUUGGGUAUCGCGACGUAGGACGACGAGAGUAGAAGAUAUGGCAUAUUGGAUGCUAGAAGUUUUCGAUAUCAAUAUGCCUCUCCUUUACGGAGAGGGUACGAAAGCCUUUGUACGACUCCAAGAAGAAAUCAUCGAGGUAUCUGUCGACUACACGAUCUUCUGCUGGACCUGGACAGCCACUGUGCCACCAGCUUGGACGAAUCUCAUCGCGCCAUCACCAGACACAUUCCAAGGAUCCCGUGAUUUCAUUCCCGCAACUGCUUUUGGUCAAGCAUCUCCAUAUUCUAUGACCAAUGCUGGCCUUUCUAUCUCUUUACCUGUGAUUCAAGCCUGGUCUUAA